AUGAGGAAGAACGAGCCGAUGAGAUUCAAGCACCUAGUCUUUAUCCCAUUGAUGUUGGUGGGGAUAUGGGUGAUCAUUUGUGAUGGUGGAGAAAGUAAGAGCCCUGAAGAAUGGGAUGUGAGGCUCACCGGUAACAACUCCAGAUGUUUUGGAUGGCUGGAGAUUUUCCACGAAGACAAAUGGAAGAGAAUUAAUGGCAACAGUUGGAAGCAGCAGAAUGCAGAAGUUGCAUGUAAACAGCUUAAUUGUGGUCCCCUUUGGGGCACCCUGAAUCAGACUUUUGCAGCACUAUCGAAGCAAGACGUUUGCUUGAUAAUAGGCUGCCAGGGAAAUGAAACUGCCCUGAUGGACUGCAAACCAUAUAAAUCUAACUGCACGCAAUAUCUGAACAUAGCCAUACUUUGCCAAGACCCCAUUAAAACCUCCUCUGAAUUACUCCAAACGUCAGCACCGUCGGUCACCUCCUCAAAGAUUCCUGACCCUUCAAGGACCAGACUAGAAGAUGGAACUUCACUGUGCUCUGGGACAGCAGGGCAGCAUUUAGGAGACCACGGGGAAAUGGUCUGCCUCGGCUUACAGAAAUGGUGGACAAAACUGGCCCCCAAGGUUUGUCAGGAAGCAGACUGUGCUGAUGCAAUAGAAAUAAAGGACCAGGGGAAGAUGCAGCAGCCUGAGAAGUGGACAAAGGUGAAGUGUGAAAAAAUGAACCUCAGCUUGGAGUGCCUGAACAGAACCAAGGAAUGCUUGGGUAUAAGCUUAAUGAAAUGCUCAGGCCAAGAUGCUGAAGCUGUGUCUUAUACAGAAACCGUCUUGAAAACCGUCUUAGUCCUUGUCCUCACAGGAGUCUUCCUGGUCAUUUGUGCGCCCUUUAUCUAUAAAAAACUGACAAAGAAAUAUUCCAAGAAGAAGCAGCACCAGUGGAUUGGUCCAAAUGGAGUGAACCAAAAUGUUUCAUUCCAUCGCAACAGCUCUUCAGCCUUCCAGCCACGUUCUGAAAGCCAAGGGAUUAUGGAUGAGGAGAAAGGCUAUAUCCAAGGCCUCAAGAAAAAUUCUUACCUCUCACCCUACCCAGCUCUGGAACGGGCAACCCACAGAUCUUCCAACCCCUUAGACUACUCCUCUGACAGCGACUAUGACUUAUGUUCUGCACGACAACUAUAAAAUCUUCCUGACAGG